CUUCAAUACAGCUUGAGAAGUUUACAACAUGUCUACGGUCGAGAGACUAGACAGGCCCAGUACAUACUACUCCGCAAGGAAGAAGCGGAAGUACGGUCGAGAUCAGCCUGAAGAUGGCGACAAGCAAGCAGAACAAGACGACCUACUGAAAGAUGCCACCACCCUCUACGUGGGGAAUUUGUCAUUUUACACCACUGAGGAGCAGAUCCACGAGCUGUUCUCGAAGUGCGGCGAAAUUAAACGUCUCAUCAUGGGCUUGGACCGUUUCCAGAAGACGCCCUGCGGCUUUUGCUUUGUGGAGUAUUACACACAUCAAGAGGCACUGGAUUGUAUGAAGUACAUCGGUGGCACCAAGCUCGACGAACGCGUCAUCAGAACCGACCUCGAUGCCGGAUUUCAAGAGGGCAGACAGUACGGCCGCGGCAAAUCAGGUGGGCAGGUCAGGGACGAAUACCGAGACGAAUUCGACCCUGGAAGAGGAGGCUAUGGUCGGGCGAUUGACGCAGAAAGAAAGAAGGAGGAAGAAGAAUAUGGUGGGGGCAGAUGAUGAACCUCUCCAAUAUGUGCGGGACCUCUAUCCAAAGUGCUGGGCUCAUGAAACUCCGUUUGCCGUACCGACCGCAUCCAAGACUUGCCUUAGCCACCAAACAUGGAUCCGGAUAUCUGAGGUCAAUUCAGGGUGGAAGCUGGUACCGAAGACAUUGCCUUGCUUGACGGCAAUGAUAUCUCCCACUUCCUCACCAGCGUGUACUUCAGGCCCCAUGCCAGCUGCCUUCUUCAAGCGACCAGGCAACUUUCCCAUGAUAUCAACAUGAGAGCUCAUGGCCUGGCGGGCGUGGUCAUCUUUGGCCGAUUUGUAUGGGGCAACGACCGUCUCGGCCAGUUGUUGUUCGCCCUUCUGGAUUCCUUCCACAUUGGGAAGGAUCUUUUCGACAACGGGAGCGCGAAUGAAGACGCCGGGAAAGGGCGUCUUGUCGACUGCGCCAUUGUUUUGCAAGAAGGGCAAGUCAAGAUCGGCUUGGAAGCUUUCUACCUGUCGUCCAAAAUGAUUUCGGUUCACCCGUACAUCCAGGCCCCCAAUCAAGUCCUGGCCGCCUUUCUUAGUAGCAUUAGCCGCCUCAGCGAGCAGAAUCAAGCCGGCGCAGGUUCCCCAAGUUGGUUUACGGUUGACUCUGGCGAGGAUAUGAGUCAGUCAUCAUAUCGGCAUCUGGGGAGAUAAGAGGUGUUAGUCUCACUUGACGAAUUCCCUCAACGGUUCCAGCAGACCGGACUGAGCGGCGACGAGGGAAAUGGUCGUACUUUCGCCGCCCGGGAUGAUCAAGGCAUCACAACGAGCCAAGUCUUUGGCGUUUCUGACUUCUGUAAACUCGAAAGAAGCCGCAGUGUCCUCGCGGCGCAAGUAAUCCGCCGCUCUUUGCAGCAGGACCAGAUGUUCUAAAAAGGCGCCUUGCAGGGCCAGCACGCCGACGGUGAUUGUCAUUGACACCUCAUGUACGAGGGAGCGGGAGUCGACGGAGAGAGCGAGAGGACGAGAUAUCGAGAGGCAGGCGAUAUGGGAGAUAUGAAGCGGGUGGAACAGGCGUCUGGACGAUAGGAGCAGCGAAUAAUAUGAUGGUCUUCUCGCCGUAGUCCGCUGCCAGUCAUGUUCGUAUGGGAAAAAUUCAACGAU